AUGUCUGAUUCGGAAGAUGAAGUGAUUGGAGACGCUCGACAGACGCGUCAACAAUCGCUCCACGUGAAAUGGGCUGAAUCUGGAUACGAAUCGACCAGCCUUUCACUGCCCGGACCCGAUGAACAUGAAGAAGUAGAACAAGAUGGAAGUAUAAUUCACCUUUCCGGCGAUGCCACAAAACCGCAACGUGUUGGCGAAGAUGAGUCGACCGAGCAAAUCAUUGCACACGUUGUCGACGAUAGUGGCUCAUUUGGACGAGGUGGCAUGUUCACGGCGCUCAACAGGAAAUUCCCCAUGGUGGCCGAACGAUACGAGUUUAUCGCCGAGAUGAAGGACAUGAAAGUGGGCGAUGUUCAUCUGAUCGAUGUGAGCGGCGACGACGAAAAGGAGAAGAAGGCAAAGACGACGGUGGCUCUGUUGAUUGCACAACAUGCCGACAAAAGAGAUGAGAUUCAAACGGAACUCUUGAAGACAUGCUUCCGGAAGCUCACUCACUAUGCCCUCACCGACGACCGUAAAGUUAGCGUGCACUUUGCGAAAGUUGGAGCAGGAAUGGACGCGUUUGAGCGAACGGUAGAGAAGCACUUGUGCAAUUUUGGUGUGCCCACGUAUGUCUACCGAUUUGCAAAGGAUAGGCAAUCAACAUCGCACAGAUCACCACAAAAACGAAGACAUUCAUCACCAGUUGCUCAAACGGGAAGACCACCACGCCGAGCAGCCGCUAGGCCUACAAAAAGGACGAAGAUUGUGGACGAUGUGUUUUCUGAUGAGGACUCGGAAUCGGACAUUUCGACCGAAGCGAGUGACAGUGAGGAUGAAUACGACCCGGACAAAGGAAGCGAGAAAGAUCCUGAUGACAAUGAGGGGUCAGAAGAAUCGAGCUCAGAAGGAUCGGAGGAGGAUAGUGGAGACGAAGAAGAACUAGAUGAUGACGAGGAAGAAGAGGUGGAGAUGAAACCGAAGAAAAACGCGACGAUCAAGCGACCGGCCACUAGUUCUACAUUGCUCACAACAACUCAAACGCGAAAACCCUCAGCCUCGCCAGUGAAAGCACAAACGAGCGAUGAAAAAAUGGGAGCAAACGCUUUCGAAAAAGAUGUCAUCUCGUUGGCUGAAAUCGAGAAGAAACGUUCGUCUGAUUACGGGGAAUUCAAAGAGCUCGUUGAGGAGGGGAGUGGAUCGAUUGUCGAAGAAAGUGACGAUGAUUCGCUCAAGACGGUCAACAUUUGCGUGGUGCCGAAGUCUUUUCGGAAUAACGCGGCUAGUUUGGCCUCACUGCGCAAGCAACUGCCCAAAGGCGCGAAAAUCGUUUCGGACGGAUGGAUGACCGAGUGUACGCUGUACGAGAAACGAGUUGAUCUUUCGAGAUAUAUCGUA